AUGGGCGAAUUCCCAGUAAAGAAGUGCGGCGUCCUCGGGUGCACCGGCUCCGUCGGCCAGCGCUUCAUCCUUCUGCUCUCGCAGCACCCGUACCUCAAGCUUGCCGCCGUUGGCGCCUCCUCUCGCUCGGCCGGCAAGAAAUACCGCGACGCCGUGCGGUGGAAGCAGGCUUCGCCCAUGGGCGCUGUGGCCGACCUCGUCGUGCGCGAGUGCAAGGCUUCCGAGUUCAGCGACUGCGACGUCGUUUUUAGCGGUCUGGACUCGGACGUUGCUGGCGAAAUUGAGAUGGAAUUCCUCAAGGCCAACCUGGCCGUCUUCUCCAACGCCAAGAACUACCGCCGCGACCCCCUCGUCCCCCUCGUUGUCCCCACCGUCAACCUGCCUCACCUCGACCUCAUCCCCCACCAGCGCAAGCAACAUGGUCUCGAGAAGGGCUUCCUCGUCUGCAACUCCAACUGCGCCGUCAUCGGCCUCGUCAUCCCCUUCGCCGCUCUCCAGGCCGCCUUCGGCCCCGUCGACCAAGUUUCUGUCGUCACCAUGCAGGCCGUCUCCGGCGCGGGCUACCCCGGCGUCUCCUCCAUGGACAUGAUCGAUAACGUCGUGCCUUUCAUCUCGGGCGAGGAGGACAAGCUCGAGACCGAGGCCCAGAAGAUUCUCGGCACCAUCACCUCGGACCUCACCGCCUUCGAGGACCAGACCGAUCUCAAGGUCAGCGCCUCGUGCAACCGCGUCCCCGUCCUCGACGGCCACACUGCUUGUGUCUCGCUCAGGUUCGCUCGCCGUCCGGCCCCUUCGGCCGAGGACGUCAAGAAGGCCCUGCGCGAGUAUGUCUCCGACGCUCAGCGCCUCGGCUGCCCCUCAGCCCCCGAGAGCCCUAUCGUCGUCUUCGACGAGCCCGACCGCCCCCAGCCCCGCCUCGACCGCGACCUCGGCCGCGGCUACAGCGUUAGCGUCGGCCGCGUGCGUGAGGAUGAGAGCGGCAUCUUCGACCUCAAGUUCGUCGCCCUCAGCCACAACACCGUCAUCGGCGCCGCUGGCUCCUCCAUCCUCAACGCCGAGGCCGCCGUGCUCAAGGGCUUUGUCUAG